GAGCGCAGCCCGGGUGGGAGGCGGGCGGCGCUGCCGCCGCUGUGGAGACGCCGAGCAGGUUUGCUGUAAACUACCUACAAUAGCUAUAAUGACACCAGCCCUCAGAGAGGCAGCAACAAAAGGUCAUGGUAUCCACUUGUCAUCUGUGUCCUCUAGAGCUAUGGAGUCUGAUACAACUUUGUGCAUGGAAAAUUCCAGAGCAGUCGAAGAGACAAUAAAGGAGGAUUCCAUCACACAGAUUACUUGCUCAGUCUUGGGGUUUCCCACUACUGAGCCCAACCUCAGUAAUGAUAUCUUCAGUGUAAAACACUUUGGUUCUCCACAGUCUUCCAGACAUUAUCAAUCUGUCUUAUUAAUGAGCACAAAUUCUCCAUUAAACAUAAAAAACAAAAACAAUAAGCAAAGGAAUUCAGAAGAGCACAAGUGCUCCCAGAUGAGAAAUCUACUACAUAAUGGUGCCACCACACAGGUCAGCCAGAUUAAUAAUUCAGAACCUGAAGAGCAGGUCAGAGGGGAAACUUUAUCGGAGACCAUGACCCAGAGUUUGGCAGAAAUGCAGAGACUGUUGGAUUCAAAUGUAACUGAAUCCAAUAAUGUGGAAGAAACGCAGUUUACAAACUGUAAAUGGUAUCGGAAGAAUGGCUUUUUGGAUAAGGGUCUACUAGUACAUGCUGAGACAAAAAAAGGGGAUUUAUUGCAUCAAGUUGUGCAUGAGCCUUUGAAAGCAAUUGUGAGCUGCACCCCCACUAGUAAAGAAGAGGAGUUGAAUGCUCACUUACUUCAGUGUGUCAGUAAGCAACAAGUUGUGCUUAGUCGAGCCAAAAGAGCUCAGAAACGUUUACAGAUACUCCUGGCAAAGCAUGUUGUCAAACACUGUGAUCACCAGCUGAAAUGCUUUGUGAAACAUCAGCUCCAAAGAAUGAAAGUUUUUCAUGAUCCAGCCAGAUUUUUGGACAGUAGCUCCCUUGGAUGCACUGAAAUUAGGGCAGAAAACAGUAUAAUUAACUUGGAAAAUAAUUCAAAUAAAGAAACACAGAAUGGAUUCGGCAUUGAACCUGGUGAAAUCUGGGGUUUUGCACACUCUGCUACAGUGCUGCUGUCUCAUGUGGAGAAAGAUCUGGACUCUGAUGCCACUUGCAGUAGCUCAGAUGAAGAUUGUGAUGAACAGACUGUCAGAAAAACUGUGGAAGCCAACUAUAGCUCUGAAUGGAAGUGGCUUGUAGACCGAGCUAAAGUUGGCUGCCGUUGGACAUGGCUUCAAGCCCAGAUUUCGGAGCUAGAAUACAAAAUCCAACAACUAACUGACCUUCACAGGCAGAUACGUGCCACCAAGGGGAUGGUGAUCUUAGAAGAAUUCCCACUUCCCAAAGACGUUUUGAAGAAGCAAACACAAUUGACAAACCCAGAAGCUUUAUUAAACACCACAGGGAAUUCUCAAGCUACCCUUGAGAGACAGGAUUUUUUGCCGGAACACGAUUUUGAAAUGUCACCAAGCAGCCCUACUUUACUUUUACGAAACAUAGAAAAACAGAGUGCUCAGCUGAGUGAAAUCAUCAAUAAUCUAAUUGCUCCACUCAAUCUGUCCCCUACAUCCUCUCCUCUCUCUUCCAAGUCCUGUAAGCAGAAACAACUGGUCAAUGGCAUAUCUCUCAGAGCUUCAGACAACAGAGAGGAAAUGUCCUCUUCUAGUAGCCAGUUGCUUGAUCAUCAACACAUCAAAAAAAGAAGAAAAGACAGGGCAAGGCUGAGAUCUCCAUCUGUAACUAUCAUGAGCACAUCUGCCCGAACAAGGCCACUUCAGAGUUUCCAGAAGAGGAAACUAUACAGAAUGAACAGCGCAUGUUAUUGGAAUCAACAGGCUUUGCUAUCUAGAGAUGCCUCGUUUCCAUAUAAUACACAGAUGCCUUGCAUGGCUCCAGCCUCCAUUUGGAGCAGUUCUGAGCAUGGUACAUCAUCCAGAAUAGUACAACAACAUAUACCAGAGGUGGAUUCCUCUCUUCAUCCUGUGUUAUCAUUCCCUUCAGAUAUCCCUCUUCAUAUAUAUUUUGAAACAUUGUUGAAGGAGGACAAGAUCAAAGGAGAUCCUGUUGACACCUCAGCACUAGGGAUAGAGUUUAAAAUGUCUCCAUCCAAUGAAUAUAAUCAACAUAGUGCUUCUCUCAAACAAUGGAGCAGUGGCUAUUUACUUAAUUCCAAACCUCAGGCAGCAUCAGGAGCAUCUGAACAGUUGUCAGAGGGAAGAAAGAAAAGGCACCUAAGUGAGACAGCGAUAGGAGAAAGUAACAGUAGGUUUGAAGCUUUUUCCUUUCAACAUGCAGAACCGGAAUCCCAUAACAAUUUUACUGCUGUGACCCAUGUCAAUCUGAUGUCUAGAUCUACCCAAAACACCUCAUCACAGCAUAACUCUAGACGGAGACUGAGAAGUGAGAGCUCCUAUGAUAUAGACAACAUUGUUAUUCCUAUGUCACUGGUUGCUCCCUCUAAAUUGGAGAAGCUGCAAUACAAAGAAAUCCUUACUCCAAGCUGGAGAGUUGUUGAACUUCACCCUCUGGGGCGAUCUCAUGUAGAUGAAGAAGAGAUAGAAGAUCUGUCAGAUGAACUUUUUUCUUCACGUCAUGCAAAAUAUGAAGAGAGAGAGAAAGCAAGGUGGUCAUUGUGGGAACAGAGCCGAUGGCCCAGAAGAAAUAGCAGAUCUUAUAGCAAAAAUGCUGAAGGACAGCAGGGACAAGAUCCAGUACUGAAAGAAAACCAUCAUAACUCAUGUGCCUCACUGCGUUGUGCUGCUGAAGCUGCUUCUGAUCUUACUUCAGAAAUCCACAGUUCUGUAUGUUUAAGGGUCCCACAGUCUUCAAAGGAAAACCAAGAAGCAAAGUCUGAGCUGUGGGAACUUCGGGUUUUUCCGUUAAAGGAUGAAGACAUAGAAACCUUACGGUGCCAAGACCAAAUAACAAAUCAGACUGAAAGUUCAAGUGCAGCUUUCCACAGUGACUCCCUCUGCACUUCAUGUACUCCCAUCACUUUGCCAAACAAUGGCCAUCCACCAAGAAAACAAUCCACAGACGAGCUGGAAGACUGCAAAAGUGUUUUCCUGGGACUCUGCAGCACAAGAAAACACAGGUGACAGGGAAUAAUGUGGUUCAUUAAGAAAGCCGAUUAAGAUGGAGAAAAGUAUAAGGCAGGAUAAAAUCCCAAACGCAACACUUUCUUCUUCCUGAACCACAAGAGAAACUAAUUAUUUCAAGCUAGAAGUCUAGUAUUCCCUGUGUUAAAAGUGAGCACACCUAAAUAGCUGGCACGGUUUACUGCUUUCUGUUGUCAUAUUGCCACGUUCUUUAAUAUUCUUCCUUUUUUUCUUUCAAAUGUGUUUAUGGUUCUGAUGGAUUCUGGGACAGCAGAACACACUUUAUUCCUUUAAACAAACAACUUCAAAACACAGAAAAACUACUUGAAAAGACAGUGAGGAGGAGGGGGUAAUUUCAAAUGGUUUCCUUUGGUGGCAUGAGCAUGUGGCAAAUACCUGCCUUGUCUGAAAUCCCUUGAAUAUUUAAGUACCAGUAGUUUUUAAAUGACACUUUCAGAAGCCUUAUAUUUGGCUUAAAAUGAGUCACUCAUUCAACUCUAUUGUUAGUUUCAUGCAGAAAUCCUCAAACACUAACACACAAAUAUACCACUAUAUUUCCAUAGUUGAUUUCUCUACUAUACGAAAGGUAGACAGUUUUCUAUUUCAGUCACAUGGGGAGCAGAGAAGCCUAGGAGUGGUGAGGAAACGAAGAUUGAAUUAAAUGAAGAUGCAGCUCUGAAUUUCAUUUUGGAUCAUCAGAUAUUUGGCGACCUAACUCCUAGACCUGCAGUAGCUAAUGCUGCUUAGAACUGUAUGCUGUAAUAUCUUACCAACAAGUAUAGUUGUUACGAUUUCUAAGCGAUACCUUGCAAGGGGUUCUACCAAGUAUGCAAAAGCAGAGUGACUAACCAGAAAGGAAAACAUUGUUAAUAAGGACAUCAGAAGGGCUUAAAAAAACCUUUCAUAAUGUUUCUAAAUACAGAUUGAUUUUUAAAUUCCCAGCCAUUAUACUCUAAGAAAAUAAAAGCAAAUUGUUUAAACUCAUACAUUCUGAAUUACAGUAUUUAGAAUUUAUCUGCAUCCUCAAGUGAUGCUAACAGAAGACGACGCAUACAAGAAUUGAUGAGCUAGCAGUAUUCUUGUAGCAGAACAAUAAUUCGACACCAGUAGAAUGUAUGUUUAAACCACCGUCAGCAGGAAGUUUUUCUGUGUACAACAGUUGAAGGCAACUAUAUAGGAGUCUCUGUUCUUGUACUACAUUUUUCCUCAGCUUGUAAUAUCCAAUACUGACAGAUGACCCGUUUGUAAUGUCAAAUUUUUUCCUGUCAGAUUGACUGGAAAUAUACGCUGGACCUCAGAAAAAAGUUCAGUCAAGUUUCAACACUACUGCCUAUGCUACAUUGUAGUUUAUUGCACAUUCUGAUUUAUUUUAAAUCUUUUUUUUUAACACUGGUUUGUCCAGCAAAUUAAACUCAAAUUUUGCCUCAAUGUCUGAUACAAUAAUCUUCAAUGCAAGGUUUUUUAAAUUAAAAGUUAUUUCCAUA